AUUAGAUCUUCUACUUCAAAACGACGAGGUACCUGCUCCAGCCAGGCAGCUUAAAUCCCUGCGACUUUUCUCCCCAAGCACUGAAGAUUGGAAGGCGGCGAGGCUUUGCGAACUGGUAAAUGACGAACUAUCCUCACUCUUCCUUUCUUGAACUAUUUGAUCGAGGUUUUCUCGCGAAAUAAAAUAAUUUGUCGCGUGAGUCUCGAAAUGGUGGGAAUAAGAGUGUGUUUGGGGAGAAAUGGCUGCAGAGGAUUCCAGGCUCUGUACAAUUGGCACUGCAAUAGGGUUAUAUUAGUAGUGUGAAGAAUAUUGAUAUUUCGAUCAAUAGUGUUGCAUCCAAAUUUGUUCAGUGGAAAACAGGCUGAGCCAUAAUUGAGAUUGUUGGCCAGAUAUAAUUUUGAGCUCCAAAUAAAUUGGUGAAUUUCCCCAUCACAAUUGUUGAGAGAAUUCUCUGUGGAUUCAAAGUAUUAGCCUGUGGUUAUAUAUGUAAAUUGGUUAUUGUUCACACGGAUGCCAGCAAUUUUAAAUAGCAUUCUGAACAGGAUUGAUAGCUGUUCAUCCUUGAAUUCAUUGAAGCAAAUCCAGGCUAAUACUCUCGUUCAUGGCCUUGGCUCCAACAAUCUUGUUGCCGUAAAACUUCUGACCUUUUGUAGUCAGACUUUGGGUCUUAUCGGCUACACUCGCUGCAUUUUCGAUACUAUUUCGAGCUCCGCAAAUGUUUACCUCUGGACGGCCAUGAUUUCUUCUUACAGCCAUCAACAAUCCGAGCUUUCAAGAGAGGCCGUUGAAAUCUUCCGUCUGAUGCUUAACCAUGGAACUCAUCCAAACAACUUCACUUUCUCCACUGUUCUUAAAGCCUGUUCAACAUUGAAAGCCAUAAGCGAAGGCAAGCAGAUUCAAGCUCAUUCUACUAAACUUGGAUUCAAUUCCGCCAUUUAUGUUCAAACCGCAUUGCUCGACAUGUAUGCUAAAUUCAGUUUGGUAGAUGAAGCAAGAUGCCUUUUUGACAGCUUGGAAGUUAAAAAUGUCGCAGCUUGUAAUGUUAUGAUCGCAUGCCACAUCAAGGAUGGCGAUGUUGAAUCUGCAAGACGAAUUUUUGAUCGGAUGACUCGAAGAGAUACGAUCUCAUUCGCUACGUUGAUAUCGGGUUACUCCAUGAACGGAACCAUGCGACCGGCGAGGGAAGUUUUCGAUCAGAUGCCUGUGAAGGAAGUCAAUUCCUGGAACUCUUUGCUUGUCGGCUAUAUUCAUGGAGGAGAAUGGAUUCAAUCCAUGAAACUCUUUAAUGAGAUGCAGGUGAGUUUUAUUAAACCCAAUAAUGUCACCAUGGCCAUUAUUCUUUCUUCCUGUGGUCAAUUAGGAGCUCUGGGACUUGGCAGUCAAUUACACGCUUUCUCCCAUAAAUUUUGCUUCCUAAUGAAUGUUUAUGUCAACAAUUCUCUUGUUAAUAUGUAUGCCAAAUGUGGCAGCCUACAGGAAGCUCACAAUGUGUUUGUUGAAAUGCCUGAGAAAGACAUAGUGUCAUUUAAUGCCAUGAUUACUGGUUUGGCUAACCAUGGACUUGGCAAAAAGGCCUUGGAACUCUUUGGAGAGGUAAUCCAAACAGGGCUUCAACCCGACUCAGUUACUUUUAUGGGAAUCUUAACGGCCUGUAGCCAAUGCGGGUUAAUUGAGUCGAGCCGACAUUACUUCGAGUGCAUGAGGAGUUAUUCCAUUGAGCCAUCUGCCGAUCACUAUGCGAGCUUCGUCGAUCUGUUGGGUCGAAUGGGUCUUAUUGAGAAGGCUUACGAGUUUGUAAAGACGGUGAAGGUUGAAGGACAUGCGGGUGUUUGGGGGGCUCUUUUUAAUGCUUGUAGGAGUCAAAGUAAUGUUGGGAUUGGUAGAAUUGCAGCAAAGGAGCUCUUCAAACUUGAGCCAGAAAAUUCGGGUAAUUAUGUAAUUCUUUCAAAUAUAUAUGCUGGAGCUCAUUUAUGGGAUGGAGUUAGAGAGGUGAGGUGCUUCAUGAGGGAAAAAGGGGUGGCUAAAAUAGCAGGUUGUAGUUGGAUUGAGGUGAACAAUGAGGUUUUUGAAUUUGUAAUGUGGGAGAGGGGUCUUGAUUUUCUUUUUGAGGAAAUGUAUGCAAUUUUGGGACAACUUUCUUUACAAAUCAUGCUUCUAAAUUGGGAGUGUUAUUGAAACUGUAUAUGCUUAUACUUUUUG